CUACGUGACCUCAUUUGCGGUUGUACAGUCUCGGAUGUUCCUUCCAACAACAUCAGUCGGUAAUUUCAGAGCAUUUACGUGUCAUCCGAAUACUAAAGAUUCUAGAGAACGUGACAGCCGGAAGAAACGUGUACAUUUGCUCAUCUCGUUUACUCAAGUGUUUACGCGUACACACACGAGUUGCUUAACAACUAGAUACAAACAGAUAACACUGUUACAACUAUUGCAUCAUGAAAAACAUCUCUCUGGCAUAAACUCAUAGCGCCACCAAGUCCACGUGCUCUUGUGAGUUCACCAUUGCGCUUGCUUUGGAAGUUAAUUUGGUUGCAUGCGAAUUUUCAAUGAAUUCGAACGUCAGCAAGUGUAAUUUUAAUCACGACAGCAGUUCUUAAGAAAUAAGACUCUUCCAAUAAAAAUGAUUUGCAAGCAAAACAUGUUGACAUGAAUUUUAUUGCUUAAGCAAAUGUAGAAAUAAAUUAGUAAGAAAUUGGUGAAGAAAUUCAAAUAUUUAUGUUUACUCUGCAUUCAAUGAAUAUGUUGAAAAACUAACUGUAUCUGCAAAUGGUUGACUUCAAACUUGCCUAAUCCCAUUCAUAUGAUCUAAAAGUUCAUCUGAUAAAAUUCAUAUGGUAAUUUAAAUACAAUCAUUUUGUAUAAUUAUAACCUAGAUGUUAGAGAGAAAAAUUCUAGCAAUUAUAAAUUGCAGUUGUGUAAUUUACAAUUGGUCUUCUAUUCCUUUUAAACCCUAGGAUCGUGUACACGAGCUGGCUAACCUUGACAUUUCGUGCGACGCGUGCUCACGUUUAUUUUAGAAAGGUACAAGAGUAAAUAACGGAAUAAGCUUCAGGCAACACAUCACAAUAGAAAUUCAAUAGAGAUCUCGGGCGCACCCUUUCAAUUUCUUUUAACAUCGUUCUGAAUCACUGAAAUACUCGUCUCGUCAUUAAAUUCUCUUUUUCUUCAGUAAUACCAUACAUACAUAUUGUAUAUAUCAAUUUUAAAUUUAAUGAUAAAGAAUUUAAGAAUUAUUGAAAAAUUAAAACAUGGAUUACGAAGAAGAAAUAGUUCAGCCACGAAACCUUCUGCAUCUGAGGUUUUAACGAGCUACCUGAUACAAACAAAGGAGCCACCAUGGACAUCCUACUUCGUCAAGUACUUUGAUGUAGUAAAUGAUCAACGGGGCAUGUCUCAUUUCAAUUGGUCAGUUGGGAGCAGUAACUACCACGUACUUCGUACUGGAUGUUUUCCUUAUAUCAAAUAUCACUGUACUAAACGAGCAAAAGAGGACCUCAGUAUGGACGACAAAUUCUACAAGGCUAUCAAGAUAAUUAACCUUGGUAAACUGGUAUUCCCACUUUACUUUACGGACUUGCGGCCACUCAGUUAAUUCAUCACCACGAAGUUGUCAAAACUCCUCGAGGAGAAGUUACUAUUUAUUUCCUUCUUCCAGAAGAUAAAGGAUCGUUGCAUUAAAAA